AUGUCAACCUCCGGAUUUAGUUUCACUGUCUCGCCUUGUGAGACCAAGGAUGACAUCAUCCAAGGCCACCGCAUCGCAACCGACACCUUCGGCCGCCAGACCAACGACAGGAUCUGGCAAGGGUUCAACCCGGGCUGGGACACACCCGAGGGUGAGGCGGCCGGCGCACGCCGCCUCGUCGAGCGGUGGGUGAAGUCGCAGGCUGCCGACCAAAAGGACGAGCAGGGCCGGCCUUUUGUCGUCUUCCUCAAGGCCACCGCCCCGGACCCUGACAAUGGCACGCCCGUCGUCGCCGGUCUGGCCAUAUGGGUGCAGGCUUCGGCCGUCGAGGGCAAAGGUGCGGUCCCCGUGUUGGACGUGGGCGAGGCGCAGGACCUGAACGAACUCUGGCCCGGAAACGACACAGAGCACCAGUAUCUGCGGCAGGCAGAGAGGGGUCUGCAUCGGAGGAGGAACGAGGUCAUUCGGGAAAAGGCCAACCAGGAUCCGCCGGCAGUGUUUGCCUUGGACAUGUGCGUGGUAGACCCCAAGUUUCAAAGGCGAGGCAUCUCCCAAUCCCUGGUACAGUGGGGUAUUGAUGAGGCGAGGGCCAGAAACGGACUGGAAUGUGUCACGGAAGCGUCAAGCAUGGGUCGCGGCUCAUAUGCCAAACUAGGCUUCAAAUGGGAGGGUGAUGAAGCUGUGGAUAUGGACUAUGGGUUUGAUGAUAGGUUCAAGGACCGACCUGCACCGCCAAACCUGUUCAUGCGUACGGGGUCUUUGACAAAAAGCUGA